UUGCUUCCAAAGCUGCCUCUUGCAUCUGAGCCGACUGGAGGAUGAAGACAAGCUGGAAGCCUUGUCUGCCUUCUGUAGCCACGUGACCAAGCGCUAUCAAGGAUUAUACACGCCUGGUGAGAACCUGGCUGUGAAGAAAUACAACCUUUGGUACCAGCAGACUCCCUGCUCGCUUCAUCUUGCCAUCCUCUACGACAGAAGCUCGGGCUUCAUUUGCAACAUGUACCUGUACGUCCCAGAGCAGCUUCGGAGACAAAAGAGGAAGCCUGUAGUUGUGCAGGUGGUAGAGCACCUGAUCGGGCCUUUCUGUAGCCAACGUCCCGUGGUGUGGUUGGACACCAGCGCCCGGAUGGAGGGCAAGCUCAUCGACGUUUUUUCGGAUUCAGGGAUUCGGACGGCGACGACGGAACCAUUUUCACCAGAGGAAAGCACAUCUCAGUUCUACGGGCGAUCUCUCCUCGCAGCGCAUCUCAAAGGCUGGACCGGACCGGCUCUUCUUUUUCCAAUGUCGGACACGAGAGGAUCGCAGGCGGACGUGCUACUCCCUGGUCUCUGGGUGACGCUGCACACCAUCUACAUCAACACGUUUGUGCUUCACACCUUGCAGAGCUCAGGCAGGCAGGUCCAGUUGACCCAGUUCACCAGAACUUUGGCUUCUCAGCUGGCUUUGGACAAGAAUGGCGGAGUGCCCGUCCUGCCUCAGCUAAACAGCACAUCAUACCAAGAGAUGCAAAGUCUGACAAAUGUCCUGAAGCAAAGGUUGGUCUACAAAUCCCAUUUCACAGAUCGGGUAUUGCUAAGAAACACAACCAGCAGUGAUCAUGUGAUAGAAAAGCGACUCCAGGAGUGGGACCGUCCCGGCGUGUGUGGUUUAGACAACUCUGGAAACUCCUGCUACUUGAACGCUGUGUUGCAGUGUGUUUGUUCCACGGUGCCCCUGGUGGAGCAUCUCCUUCAUCAGGACACACGCAAAGACUUGGCACGGUGUGAAUGUCAGGUAGCCCAGAUGUUUGUCCGCCUCCUGGAGCAGAUGUGGCUCGGGAGGAGUUCCAGCUGUGCCCCUGUGGAGGCCAGGAAUUUGUUGCGUUCCAUCCUGCCACAGUUCAACAACCACUCUCAGCAGGACGCUCAGGAACUGCUUCUCCUCCUCUUCAAUGCACUCCAUGACGACCUAAAGAAGGUUGGGAGGCGGAAGAUGCGCUUCUCCAAGCAGCUGAUACGAGACCAGGAGAGAAAUUGUGCCACCGGAGUGGGAGAGUCUACUAUCGUUUCCAAAUUGUUUGAAGGCACGCUCAGCUACGUGACGGUCUGCAUGCGGUGUGACCAACAGACCAUCAACACGCAGAUGUUCACUGUGCUCUCUUUACCCAUCCCUACACAUAUCAGCAAGUGCUCCAUUCAGGACUGUUUGUCUCUGUUCUUUAAGCAGAGUCUCUUGACAGGAGGAGAGAAGAUUCUGUGCUCAGCCUGUGAGCUAAGGGAAGAAACUGCUCUCCUUACUUAUCUGGACAAACCUCCCGAAAUCCUCGUGCUGCACCUUAAACGGUUUGGUUGUAAAGGAAAGAACCAGGUCAAACUGAGGACUAACGUUAUCUUCUCCACUGAGCUUGAUCUAAGCUUGUUUGCGUCCAGUUCGGCACAAAAGACUUCCAGUUCUUCAUAUCGUCUCUAUGCGGUCAUGAACCACGCAGGUCACCUGAACAUGGGUCACUACACUGCUCUGUGCCACAACACCCUGACCCAAACGUGGCACCGCUUCGAUGACUCUGCCGUCCGGGAGCUACACGACAGUCACGUCCAAUCCCCAGACGCCUACGUCCUGCUUUACAGCCGCAAGCCAUUCCGAAAACCAAAGAUUGUUGGCCUGUAACCAAAGGUCAUAAAAAUGACAGAAAACAUGACUGCAUCCCUCAAGCAACAUUGUUCUACAACCACACACACACGCAAACAUUCAAAGCGAUUUUAAUAAAUAGUCACGAGCCGUUGAAGGUUAUAUUUGUUAUACUGAAACAUUUGAAAGCAUUGAGAAAUAAAGUCCAACAUUUACAAGAAAA